CUCCGCUCCUCCGCCCUCCGCUCCUCCUCCGCCCGCGGCCUGCGGAGCUCCCGCUGCCGCUUCCCGGCCCCACUGCCCGGCCGGCCCUUGGCUGCCGCGGCCGGCUCCUGCGGCCUCUGCCCGCUCCCCAGAGGGGCUCCGCCGUGGGCUGCCUGGUAAUCGUUGGUGUGGAGACUGCCACCAGCUGAGGGAUGGAGCGGCGUAUGGAGUUGGCUGUGUAAUUCAGGAAGAUUUCCUCCCAGCAAGCUGGAUGAAGGGUGUAACUGCUAGUGAAGGAGGAUUUUAAAGGAGGUCUGAUGACAACAAAAGCAAAGUCUCCUGUGACAGCAGAAUCUAUAGUUGUCCCUUACGGGCAUGUGAUUGGGAAUGAGAAGUGGAGAGGGUCAGAGCUAGCCCAAAGGCUGCAAGGGAAAGUUAGACUCAUCUUUGAAGAUGGCUUGGGACUGGUGGACUUUCAUCUUUCAAACAGAACUUGCAUUUUACUUAUUUCUGAAGCAGAUUUGGUUGCAGGGGAUGAAUUCAAACGAAGAUUGGUUAGGUUCAGAAAUGCCAGCAGUCUUAGGGGAAUUGUAAUCGUAGAGAAAACCCAAAUCAGUGAUCAGUACUACCUAGGAGUACAAAAACUUGUUGUACUCGAACUUGGGAUGGUGUUGCUUCCUGUGGCAAAUCAAGGAGAAGCUUCUCAGCUUAUUAUUCAACUAGUGCGGGAGCAGAGCCGGGAGCGCGGUGCCAACCCCUUCCUCGGCGGGCAGCGCGGGCGGCCGGCCGAGCCCGCCGUGCUGCAGGCCGUGCAGCGCAUCCCCGGCGUCGGGAGGACGAAGGCGCUGCUCUUGCUGCAGCGCUUCGGGAGCAUCCAGCGCCUCUGCAACGCAGACAUGCGGCAGCUCGAGCGAGCAGUUGGACAAACAGGAGCACAACAAAUUUAUACUUUUUUACAUUCCUGACGUGCACACGCAGUGGUAUUUUGCAAAACAAAAAUUUGGGAUUUUUCUUCUGAGUUAUAAAAGUUUGCUUUUAAUAACCACCUAUUUUGCUGAGUUCUGUAAUCAUGGCCAGCAGAAACUGGACUCUGAUGCUUCUUUUUUACAUCUGCUCUGUUCAUAUAGAUUAAGCUGUGCAAAUUGCCUUGGAAAGAAGUCUGUAUUUUGCAUCCAUCCGGAACAAAUAAAAACCAAGAAAGCUGUGUUUUUCAGCAUCUGUGUCAAAAAAUGGAAGAGCAAUCAGCUUGCUGACUUUGGACUUCAAGAAAAAAAACCACCAUAUGAAUAUGUGCAUAGUAACUUCUCAGUAACUGGAAAUAUGUUACACGUGUUUAAAAAGUUUGCAUAUAUAUAUGCUUUAUAGCAACAUCUUUGAUUUACAGCUUUUUGGAGUUCCUUUGGAAAGUCCUACUGGAAAACACAUUUGACUUCACACUAAUUUUUUGUCUGGUCACCACUCCAUUUCAUGGGGCAUUAACAAAUUUAUUCCCGUGUGUCUGAUACCCAAAAUACUGGUUGAUUCAUGUUGUUCUUCUGAAUAUAGAUUGGCAUACUAGUAAUAAAUUACAAAAUAUUUUGAUAAAUUGUAACUUCUAAUAUGUUAA